AUGUCUCAGCUCCAUGUCGAGAUGCGUCUCCAAGACGCUGAUGAUGGCGAGUACAUCGCACGUACCGAAAUCGAGGAUGCCUUCCAUGACUUCUUGACCAAGGAAUACAUCCGCCCAGUUCACAACGGCGAAGAGCUUCAAUUCGACAGAUUUCAGUACAAGAAUCAUGUCGCUUAUGUUCAGGUCACUGGUGUUGACGAUCAGUCCAAAAUCAAUGAAAUCUUCCAGUUUUCCGAUGUCCAACUCAAGAUACAUGCCUAUAGGCUUCACGAACAAACCGCGGCUGCUUCUACCGUCACGUUCAACGCCUCGAAGGAGUCUCAAGCGAGAGUUCUCAACAUACCUCAUGAAUGCCUGGCCGGUGUCUGGGAAAGUUUGAAGUAUGAUGAAAGCCAGAAAAUCAACACCGAGGAAAUCCUGAAUCUGGCUGUGCGCACAGUCACAUGGUUGCAUCAGGCGAACAAUCUCCCACACGCGAUGAACAUCAAUCGGCUGAUUCUCUUCCAUGGACCCCCUGGAUGUGGCAAAUCAACACUUUGCCGAGCACUUGCUCAAAAGUUGGUCAUUAGGCUCGGUCGCACCUUCAGAGGCGGUAAACUGUUCGAAAUCAACACACAAGAUCUCUUGAGCAAAUUCUACAGCGAGAGCGGCAAGCUCGUAUCAGAGAUGUUCGACAAAAUCCUCAGGAUGGCACGAGACGACAAGGAGCUUGUUUGUGUGCUGAUCGACGAGAUCGAGAGUAUUGCCACAUGCCGUCAAGCCUCUACCAAGAAUGGCGAGUGUACAGAUACUGUCCGCGCGACCAACCAGCUCCUCACCGCGCUUGAUCGCAUCAGGAACAAGCCAAACAUCAUUGUCUUUUGUACGAGCAACUUGCAUGAUUCCAUUGAUACCGCCUUCCUCGAUCGCGUAUACAACACCGUUCCAGUACCUCAGCCAUGCGCAAGCGCAAUAUACACAAUCCUCAGCAACAAAUUCAACGACCUCAUCGAUGCUGGGAUGAUCAUGUACCAACCUCUCAAUCAGACGCUACCUACUGACAAGGAUGACGCGGACGGUUUCAAUUUCCUGAGCCUCGGUGACUACCUCGACAAGUCACACCUGCCAAGCUACGAACGACUACUGGUCUGGGAGGUUGCGUUUCCCAACUCUCCAGGGCCCCUGCUCAAAAGAGUGGCCAAAGAUUGUGCAGGAUUCAGUGGAAGAAAGUUAGCAAAGUUACCGUUCUUCGCCAUCAACAAGUACACUUGGCAAGAGGAAUGUACCGUUUUCGAUGCGAUAAAGGCCCUUCAGAAGGCCGUGGAUGAAGACAAAGCUAUGGAUUGA